AUGGAUAGCUAUAGAGAGAUUGAGGAAAAAAUAAAUAGCGGAGUUUAUCAAUUAGUGCAAAAACGUAAUCGCAAAAGCGCAAUAUGGUCAAUUUUUGCUGAAAUAUUAAAGGAUGACGAAACAAUUCUUGAGGGUUUUGUAUGCUGCCGCAACUGUAAACAUAUACUUAGGUAUAAUGGACAGCAGUCAUCCAAUUUGAACCGUCAUAAGUGCUUUAAUUUAACCACAACAAGUGGAUCUAUUAAGAGGGUAACUGAGGAGGAUAAACAAGAAGCUAUUGAUGCUUGUACAACAUGGCUAAUUGAGGACUGUCUUCCCUUUACUGCUAUUGAUGGAACAGGAUUUCUUGAAAUGGUUAAUUUGUUUUUAAAAAUUGGUGCACGUUAUGGCACAAAUAUUGACAUCAAUGAUUUGCUUCCUGAUCCCUCCACACUUUCAAGCCGAAUAACUCAAACAGACCAAGAAAAUGAGAACAAAGAGAAAUCUGAAAUUGAUAAUAUAUCUUUUUGUACAAUGAAUGAUACUUUAAUGGAUGCUGAUGACUUAGAUUUAAAGAAUCUACUUGAUGAAUGGAAUUUAAUACAUCAUUAUGAUUAUUUUAUAGAACAAAGAAUAACUUUAAAUAUGCUGACCAUAUUAAAGCCUAAGCACAUAGACAAAUUAUUUGAAAACCUGCCCAUAGGAGAUCAAGCUUUGUUUGAAUAUCAAUUACAGCUGUGGCAACAAAACAGAGUAUUUCCUUUUAAAUCAAAUAAUUCGGCUACCAAAAAAACCAAAAAUCCCAACAAACCAAAUAAUGCAAAAAAAGAAGCUGUUAUAGUGCCUCAAAUGUCUGUAGCACCUUCCAUGCAAUUAUCAUCUGCGCUACGUAAAAGUUUGGAUCAUUCCCGGCAAACAUCAACUUCCACUCCUUCAGUUGAUACGCCAACUCCUAUUUCAGCCGUUACGCCCAUGACUUCGUCAAUGCCAAAGCAACCGGGCAUGGCUUUUCUGCCAGUACGCUAUAAUCUGCGCUCUAUUUUGGAGGAAACCAGAGGUGGCCAAAUUAUUAUGAAUUAUUAUGCAAAACAUAAAAUUCUGCGCGAAGAACACCGUACUGCCUUAAUAAAUGUAAUAGCCCGCUAUAUUGAUGCUAAUGGUGGGAUCUUAUCGAUGUCGGAAAGCAGUCAACUGGAACUGCAAAUUGUUGAGCUAUUUCCCACAGAAAAGGGGGAAUAUUAUCGUACCAACAGACGUGGCCGUAUCUACAAUAAAGUGGUAAAUUUGAAAAGAGUUUAUAAGAAAUUUAACAUGGCACCUGAUGAAAUAUCGCCCCCAUCUAUAGAGAAUAAUUCAUCGACUUCUGGUUAUUCUGCACCUGCAUCGCCAAUAGAAAUUAAAGAAGAGGAAGACCCAGAUGAAUAUGAUGACUAUAAAAUUUCUGAAUUUCGCUCUAUGACCCAGACUUGCGAAAACUACUUGCAUUUUUGGAAAAACACACAAAAAAUACGUUUAAAACAAAUAGAAGAUAUAGAGUCCUUGUCUCAGAUAUUAGAAAAAUGGCCAGAAUAUAAACAACAAAAUGCCGUGGAAUUUAUAAAUAUGGAUUUCAAAGCCAAAUAUCCAGAGGCUAAUUCUUUCUCAGAAGUAUUCUUUCAAAAUAAAGACAAACUGGAGAAGCUGCUGCAUAACAAAGUGGCAGGUUAUAGAUAUCUGCAGCAGUACCCAAAUUGUUCAACAGAAUCCCAAAAUCUCAUUUUACUAUGGGUAAUGCAUCAACUAUUUCCGCCCAGCCAAAAAGUGGUCGUCGAUGAGAUGGGAACUAAACGCAAAAAACGUUAUUCUGUACAAUAUUCUCAGAAUGCCUUCAUAUGUAUACGCAACUCUAUGAACUCUCUGGAGGCAGCUCUAGAAACUCAACUUAGCCCUGGUACUCCACCCAUGAUUCUUAUAGUGGGCGAAUUGGCCGAAAUAGAUCAAAUAUUCGUUUACUUUGAGGGUGUACGUUUUCCCAUGGAUUCGGUUGUUACGGCCGCUCAAUUGGUGUGUGAAUUGUUUUUCCUCUUCGACCUGGACUAUCCGGAAGAGGCAGAACUGUUUUAUUGUUUUCUACAGAGUUUCUUUUUAAACAUCGAAUCGGAAGUGAAAAAUUCCAAAAUCUAUGCAGUCAUUAAUGAAAUUAAUGCCUAUUAAAAUAUUAAUAAAUUGACUAGAGUUUAGCUAAAAA